ACACCAAUGAAAAAGACAACCGAUUGACAUUUCAACUCCUCUUCCAAUUCCAUCAUUCAUCAUCGACCCUCAGCAACCAUGUCCUCACCAAAAGUCACCCUCUUCGACCUCCCUAGCAAACAAGGCACAGCAUGGUCUCUGAACCCUUGGAAAACCCGCAUGAUCCUCAAUUACAAAUCCAUCCCCUACAAAACUGAAUGGGUCGAAUAUCCUGACCUCGCCCCCAAAUUCAAAUCCCUAGGCAUCCCGCCCAACCCAAAGGACGCCCCAGGUUACUUCACCGACUACAGUAGCCCAGCAAUCCAAUAUGAAGACGGCACAUACCAAAUGGACUCGUGGCCCAUUGCGCAUUUCCUCGAGAAGCAGUAUCCGAAUCCCCCCCUUCACCUCGAUGAGCCGAUUGUAGUCAAGAUCCGAGAUAUCAUGAAGGAUUUGAUGACACCGCUGGUUCCCUUAGUGCUGACACAGGUACCUGAUGUGCUGUUGAAUGAGCCCAGUGCAAAGUAUUUCUCGGAGACAAGGGAGAAGAAAUUUGGGAAGCCGCUGCAUCAGAUGCGGGCGGAGGCUGAUGUGGAAAAGUGCUGGGCUGCGGCUGCUGUGCCGGCGAAGGAGAUGGGGGAUUUGCUGAGGGAGAAGGAGGGGCCGUUUUUUCUGGGGGAGACGGUGUCGUAUGCGGAUUUCAUUUUUGUGACUUUGUUGCAGAUGUUCAAUCGGAUUGAUCAGAGUGUGUUUGAGAGGUAUUUGGCGCUUGAUGAGACGUUUCCUAAGGUUUUUGAGGCAUGCAAACAGUGGAUGGACAAGCAGGAUUAGUUUUGGGAUUGUGAAAAUGAACAAGGACAAUAAGGUUAGAAGAGUACGAUGUGGUUUAUCUAUAAAUCUAUCAUUUCAUAUA